AUCAGUAUGGGUGUGGUGGUAAUCCCGGUAUGAAUUGGUCAGAUUCGCGUCAAAAAUUUGGCGCCUGAGGCCUUGUUGUUUUUCUGGAUAUAACAAACGACCCACACACAAAAAUGACCGAGUUACAUUUUUAAAACAAUCUACAAAAGCAUGACUAGGAACUGACGGAAGGUCUGCCGGAUCUUGAGCGCUAUCAACAGUAGGCCUGCGUGUUCAUCAGUGUGAGAAGUGAAGCGGGAGUGAAGCCCUCAGCGGAGGAUCAUGAGCGAGCUGGAGCAGUUGCGGCAGGAGGCCGAGCAGCUGCGCAAUCAGAUCCGAGAUGCCAGAAAAGCAUGCAGCGACUCCAGUUUGUCCCAGAUCACAGCUGGGCUGGAUUCGGUGGGGAGGAUCCAGAUGCGCACGAGACGAACCCUGCGGGGCCAUUUAGCCAAAAUCUACGCCAUGCACUGGGCUACUGAUUCCAGGUUGUUAGUGAGCGCAUCUCAAGAUGGUAAACUCAUCAUAUGGGACAGCUACACAACAAACAAGAUGCACGCCAUCCCUCUGCGCUCGUCCUGGGUCAUGACAUGUGCCUACGCUCCAUCUGGGAACUACGUGGCGUGCGGAGGCCUGGACAACAUCUGCUCCAUCUACAGCCUGAAGACCCGUGAGGGCAACGUCAGGGUCACCAGAGAACUGCCCGGGCACACGGGUUAUUUGUCAUGCUGUCGUUUCUUGGAUGAUAGCCAGAUAGUCACCAGCUCCGGAGACACCACAUGUGCUCUGUGGGACAUAGAGACCGGUCAGCAGGCCACUAUCUUCUCAGGCCACAGCGGAGACGUGAUGAGUCUCUCUCUGAGCCCGGACUCAAGGAGCUUCAUAUCGGGAGCCUGCGACGCCACCUCCAAACUCUGGGACAUCCGAGACGGCAUGUGCAGGCAGUCCUUUACCGGUCACGUCUCCGACAUCAACGCCGUUUGUUUCUUCCCCAACGGGAACGCGUUUGCGACCGGUUCAGACGACGCCACGUGUCGCCUGUUCGAUCUGCGUGCUGACCAGGAGCUCAUGAUGUACUCUCACGACAACAUCAUCUGCGGCAUCACGUCCGUGGCUUUCUCCAAGAGCGGCCGGCUGCUCCUCGCCGGCUACGACGACUUCAACUGCAACGUGUGGGACACGCUGAAGGGAGAACGCGCAGGCGUUUUGGCCGGACACGAUAACAGGGUGAGUUGUUUAGGCGUGACCAAUGACGGAAUGGCCGUGGCCACCGGCUCAUGGGACAGCUUCCUCAGGAUAUGGAACUGACCUGUUUGGACAGGAUUGGAGAUUGUUGCGCCACUUUGACCAAUCACAGUCAUUGUAGCGGCCGGCUUCCACAGAGGAACCCCCCCCCCCCCCUCUCUCUUUUAUCCUUCCUUUUUCCAUCUAUGAUCUUCUCUUACUAGAUCUCUUUCCCUACGGCUACGGCACCAAUCCCAUGCCUGGUUCCCAGAGGACGAGUGAGGCAGCGCUCUGGGGUCUCUCUCUCUCUCUCUCUCUCUCUCUCUCUCUCUCUCUCUCUCUCUCUCUCUCUCUCUCUGUCUAUGGCCUCCUAAUCUGAAAAAUCCUAAAGAAUAGACUGUCGUGUAUAUACCAUUUGCUAUUCUGUGCUUCAAUGUGAAACGUACCUACUUACAGUGUUUGGCUGUUGUGCGAAAUUUUUACAGUGGGUGUGUUGGUCGUCCCGAUCUUGUGUAGUUUUUUUUUUUUGUUUGUUUUUUUGUUUUUUCCCCUCUGCCCGAUUACAGAUUUUUCUAAUGAUUUCAUGUAGUCUUUGCCGCACACGCUCUCUCACACACACACACGCACGCACACAGAGACACUGCCAGCAGUUUGGACUCCUCCAUGACCAAGCUGACCCGCUGUGUGUUUUUUAGGUGCUGAAGUCGACCCGUGCCGCUCACGGGUCCGUGUUAGACUUCCGAAGCGUCGGUUUUUAGGUGAUGGAGCACUUGUCUGAGAGCAUCGCGUGACACUUUAACGCCUUCGUGUUAUGGUCGUUCGGGGCAUUAGCCUGCCUCGGUGCUUCCUGCUCUCCGUCCGUCACGUACGGGUAGUAUUCGCUCCGUCGUGCAGUAUUGCAGCCGGACGCUAUCGUGUUGAAGGAUUUAACAUUACAGACACUUUAGACUCUGUCUGUAUUACACUCGUACCGGUAUUGGUCAUGUGAGGUUUUGUUUUCUGCCGUACGAGUAGGCGAUACGGGCGGUAAGAUAUCGAUACUGUGAUGUAUUAACGUCAUGUCGGUGUGUUUCUGACUCGGACGUUAAUCACGAUAACGUUUCAUUGGCACUUUGUUAGCGAAACUAAAACGCAUGUACAUACUGUGUGAAAUGAGCGUGGUUUUGACUUGUACCACAAUACACAGGACAUCGAAUCUAAGCCUAAUACAAAUGUGUUAUUUAGCCAAGAGAAGUGUUUAGUAUUGCCGUUUUCUGUGAGAUGUUUAACGUUCAGCGUUUAUGGAAGGAGUCUCCAGUGUCAGCGCUUUGUGACAAUCAAUACAGAAAAGUUUCUGCUUCUCUAACAUGACCAACUGCCUUUUGUUCUUGAUUAAGGUUUAAAGAGAGGCUGGUGAGGGACAGACUGUUUACAGCUGCUGUAACGUAAGCGAGAACAGGAACUAGCGUGCGUCAUGGAGCUUCCACAACUUUCACUGGAACUAGAAAUGGAUAAAAAGUGACAAUAACUCUGAAUCAGUGUUAAAAAAAACGACGAUUAUUUCCCAUAUUUAGGUUUGCUAACAACGUGCCAGAAAAUCGGUAUUGCUAACAUGACCUUAGGGGUGUGUGUUGUUUUUUUUUUUUUUUUUUUUUAAAAUUUUUUUUUUAAUUUUAUUUUUUAUUUAAGCUCCGAGAAAAGGGAACCUUUUCGAUAUGAGAAUUUUACCAUCAGAUCAACUCCUUGUCACCGUGCACGACGAUCGAGUCCGAGCGGCGACGUGCUGACGAUUUAUAGACGAUUGCGGUUUUCUUUAGUUUUUAAAGUGUUGAUUAACGAUCUGCAGCUGUUCUACAGAACGAGUAAACACCUUCUGACCAAUCAGAUUGGAGAAUUCAACAUCACUGCGGUGGUAUAAUCACGAUAUCCGUAUCACGUCGUCCACUUCCAGUGCCGAAUGUUAACCACGAAAGAUUAAGGACAGCGUUGUAGUUGGCUUGUGUAGAGACCGGUAUCAACACACCAUGUGAUGAUGAUGAUGAUGAACGUUAUCCACUUAUAACCGAACCGUGUCGUGUGAAGGAUAAGAGAGGGAGGAGGAUCUUUACGGUUUUCUACGACUACAAGCUUCGCUGUUUGGUGACCCGGGGGGGCGUGUUUCCCCCCAAAUGUGAGAUGAUGUGAGUUUGGUAUAAGACGGAACGGGCGCUCUUUCCUGUGUCGAGAGAACAAGCCUAAACUGUUGUAGUUCUCUUGAAUGUUGACUUAAUUUCGUGCUAGUUAAUAGAAAUGAAGGUUGAUGUUUUUCCACGAGUCCUCUUUUUUUCCUUUUUUAUUUUUACAUUUUUUUAAAAGUAUAUAAUUUUUUCCCCCCUUUCUUGCCUACAGUAUUGAGUCGGUUUUGUUGUAGUAAAUCAUUUAAAUGAUUUUGGUUUAAUUUCUCAUCUACUGUCCGUCUUUUUUUUUUCUGUGUGUGUGUGUGUGUGUGUGUGUGUGUGUGUGUGUGUGUGUGUGUGUUUUUAUAAACUACUACUUCUUGAUUCAAAUCGUUAACUCUGGCACGAAAAGCCGACCAAAUAAUCACGAGUAAGGCUUCUGCUGGAGUCUGAAUGGAUGUACACUUUGACCUGCUGUGAUGAAGAAUCAGUUUUCAGUAUAAAAACAGAAGUGUGUGUGUGUGUGUGUGUGUGUGUGUGUGUGUGUAUAUAUAUCUGAAUCUAAAUGUGUUCUGUUUUAAACCAGUACAGGCUGAUUGUAAAAUCCCAAAUGUUUCGACAAAUUAGCAGCUUUUCUUCUGGACGCUUAAGAUGGUGGUGUUUUUUUUUUUUUUUUUUUUUUUUUCGUUUUUUUUUUUCCCCUCUGCAUUCAGCUGAUGUUGUCUUAAUUUUUAUAACACGAAUACAAACAUUAAAACCAAACGAAACAUGGA